AUGUGGAGUUGGUUUGGCGGGGCAUCGGCGCAGGCCAGGAAAGAUGCGCCGAAGAAGGCGAUUCUGAGCCUGCGCCAGCAGCUGGACAUGUUACAGAAGCGGGAGAAAUACCUAGAGAGCCAAAUGGCAGAACAAGAUGCAUUGGCACGGAAGAACAUCACCACAAACAAGACAGCCGCCAAAGCCGCCCUUCGACGCAAGAAGCUGCAUGAACGAACGCUAGAACAGACGUCGGCGCAGAUCGCGCAGAUCGAACAACAAAUCUACUCGAUCGAGGCCGCCAACAUCAACCAAGAGACGCUGAACGCGAUGAAGAACGCCGGCGCCGCCAUGAAGCAGAUCCAUGGCAACCUGACCAUCGACAAGGUCGACCAGACCAUGGACGAGCUGCGCGAACAACACGCUCUGGGCGAGGAGAUCGCCAACGCCAUCACGAAUGCGCCCAUCGGCGAGCCCAUCGACGAGGCAGAUCUCGAGGACGAGCUGGAAGGAAUGGAGCAAGAAGCCAUGGACGAGAGAAUGCUCAAGACCGGCCCCACGCCUGUCACGGGCGAGGUCGCGAGGCUGCCUUCUGUUUCUACCGGUCCUAUCACCAAGCCCUCCACCGUCGAGGAGGACGAAGAGGAAGAACUCAGGAAACUGCAAGCCGAGAUGGCCGUGUAA